GGAGCCUGGGGAUCAGGAGAUCUUGUUUGGGGUCCUGGCAGAGUCCCAAGUUCACACUGCCUCCAUGGUCAACCACUUACCCUAGCAGGGUCUGUCUGCCCAUCCAUGAAACACAGGAGCUGGACCUGGUUCACUGGUCCCUUCAGCACCGAGGCUGUGAUCAGGAAGGAGUUAACUGAGGCCAGGCUCUGGGUCAGAAAGGGUUAAUCUGGGGAGGUGGAGGCUCUCUCAGCUUUUCCUGUGGAGAGUGAGGUUUGGCUGCCACCAAACUUACUUCCAGUCCCUGCUGUCCCUCCUGCCCUCAGUCUGGAACUGCUCAGGGACCCUGGCAAUUCAGCCUCCCCACGCAGAGGAAGCCCCAGCUAACUGCUCUUGGCUCCUCUGACUGUGUACGUCUAGCGGCUUAUGGGGCACUGUGCUGCCCAGUUCUGCCACGAUGCUCCUGGCCUCUCCCUCCACCCCAUCCAGGGGACGGACCCCCAGCGCAGUGGAGAGGCUGGAGGCCGACAAAGCCAAGUACGUCAAGACACACCAGGUGAUAGUGCGGCGACAGGAGCCAGCCUUGCGUGGAGCCGCAGGACCGCUCACCCCGCACCCCUGCAAUGAGCUAGGGUCCGCUGCAUCGCCCAGGACGCCUGGACCGGCCCGUCGGGGCAGUGGCAGGCGGCAGCCAAGGCCGGACUCCCUCAUCUUCUACCGCCAGAAGCGGGACUGCAAGGCUUCCGUGAACAAAGAGAACGCCAAGGGCCAAGGGCUGGUGCGGCGCCUCUUUCUGGGCAUCCCCCGGGACGCUGCCCCGAGCAGCCCGGGUCCCACCGAGCGACCCGCAGCCCCAGGGGGCUGGCCCGCGCCCCAGGAUGCCCCGGAGGCGGCAGGAAAGCGAGCGCUGUGCCCCACGUGCUCGCUGCCCCUGUCCGAGAAGGAGCGUUUCUUUAACUACUGCGGCCUGGAGCGCGCGCUGGUGGAGGUGCUGGGAGCGGAUCGCUUCUCCCCGCAGAGCUGGGACUCCCACUUCUAA